AACAUGGUGCUAUUGGUCAGGCCUGAAAAACAAACAAAUAAAGUAGCAACUUGUACUAAUAGCUUAUUGGAAAAGGCCAGGGUCCUCCAUUUCUCUUCUCUACCACAUUGUCCUCAUCCGAGUUCUUUCCUCUCAGAAGUUUACACUAAGUUCAGCAUCAAAUGGCUGGCCAUAGGAUUGCGCAUGCCACUUUGAAAGGCCCUAGUGUGGUGAAGGAAAUAGUUAUUGCAACUGUACUUGGCUUGGCUGCUGGAAGCUUAUGGAAGAUGCACCACUGGAAUGAGCAAAGAAAAGUUAGGUCAUUUUAUGACUUGCUGGAGAAAGGUGAAAUAAGUUUAGUCGCAGAAGAAUAAUUUUUCGAGGAUCUCGUGUGAGUUGGCUCUUCAAUUAAACAUGGGCAUACUCUUAUGUCUAAAAGAAUAAGUUUAUAAACCAAGUAUCUCUUUGUCUAUUCAUUGCUCCAUGUUUGACUAGUUUUUGAUUUUCAUUGACCUGCUUUGACAGGCCAGAAUAAAUUUUCUUCAUCAGUUUAAGCGUGCCAUUUAACAGGCAACCUCAUGUGCCUAUUUUGAGUA